AUGUUCACCUUAGUCUCCCUCUGGUCCGUUAAUGUUUAUGGGAUUCCUGUAAAUGCGACAAUUUAUAUUUGUCGUUUUUGCUGUUUGGCUUAUGAAAAUAACUCGAUAUAUCAAAAGCAUAUGCAGGCACAUGGCUCAGUUUUAAACUGUUCGCAUUGUUCGACAGUUGCAUUUAAUGCUGCAUCGGUGAAGAUUCAUGAAUCGUUGCAUUUGGGUUCCAAUUCUGCAAAUCGAUUAAUUUAUAUUUGUUCUAUUUGUAUGACAGCGUUCUCUAAUGAAGAACGUCUUUACCACCACAUGCAAAAAAUGCAUGGGCAGUAUUUACUAUAUUUUUGUAAAGUAUGUGGUCUUGCUAACAGCGAUGGACAAAUUGUUUAUUCUCAUAUCGCAAAGAAGCAAUGUAAAGAUGAGGUGCUCGAUUCUGUAUGUCAAAUGGGUUUUGUUGCCGCAUGUAUAUUUCAUUUUCAACCAGCUGAUCCACAAAAAUAUGAAUUCUUACAGAAUAAUGGUGCAUUAGCAGUGAUUGUACCUUCAGAAUGUCUUCAUCGAUCAUUUCUAUCUCAAAGCAGUACUGAUCUCUUUUUUAUCACUUGUACCACUUGCAAAUCUUUAACCACUUUAAAUCGAGCAUCUGAUGACACUAAUGAAACAAUUAGCAUUCUUACUUUGAUCUGGAAAAGUCGAAAGGAUCAUUUUUUAGCGCAAUCAGUUUUACCUAUAUGCAAUAUAAUUCAGCAUCCUUCACCAUCAAUGUCAUCUUUUAUUAAUGCCAGUUCAUCUUCAACAUGUUCUGCUCAAUAUUUGCCAACACAAGAAAGGGAAGCUGUUGAAUUUUUCCAAGACCAUGGAAUCUUACCACGUUCGAUGAUGUGCCGUAAGGGUCAUACAACAAAACUAUAUUUCGGCAAAAGUAUAUUCUGGAAAUGUACGGAGGGAAACUGCGUGAGGAGGAUGAGAAUUCGAAGUGGAAACUGGUUAGAAGGUUCGCGUAUACCUAUCUCUGCAGUUAUACGAUUUAUAUAUUGUUGGUGUCAACAGUUGACAUCCAUUGAAUGGUGUCAGCGCGAAUUGAAACUUUCCAAUGAUGCAACAAUCGACUGGAAUAAUCGGAUGCGGGAAGUGUGUGUCUCUGCUGUACAACGGAACAAAAAGAAAAUUGGAGGCGAUGGGCUUACAGUAGAAAUUGAUGACAAUUUGUUUAAUAAAAGGAGAAAUAACGAUGAAAAGCCAUUGCCAGAACAUUGGAUAUUUGGAGGAAUUUGUAGAGAAACGAGAGAUAUGUUUAUAGAGGAAGUCCCUGAUCGGAGUGCAAAUACUUUUUUGACAUUUAUAAAGAAAAAUGUUGAGGAGGGAUCAAUAAUUUAUUCGGAUUUUUUGUGUUCAUAUAGGAUUGAGGAAUUGAACGAAGCUGGAUUUGAACAGUUAAAG